AUGUCUACCUUCACAUGUCUCACCUGUCAGCUUGUAGCAGAUGGACCAGACAUCUCCAAGCAUUUAUCUUCCACUAGACAUAAGUCAGUGAAAGCCAAUGAACAAGAUGAGGUAGUAGUAUGUGAAGAAUGUGAAGACUCCAAUAUCCAUCAGUUAGCUAUUAACCGAUAUGGACUUUCUGAUAUGACACUUUUAUGUAGUCUAUGUUUUGAAAAGGAUAAAAGUGAUAAUAAUGAGAAACCUUCGACUCAGUAUACAUUAUCUAAUGGAGCUUUCUUUACUAAAAUCGAUCAAUAUUAUGAUUUUAGAGAUAUACAAUGUCAGAAUUGCCAACAAGAAGAAAAGUUAUAUGUAGGAAAUCAAGCUCUGACUUCAAAGCAGUACAUCUUCUGUAUUCGAUGUAAAGAUCAUUUCCCAGCAGAUGUUAAGCCGGUUAGUGAAAAUGAUGACAACUUUCUAUUUGAGUUACUUGGUAUUCAAGAAUCCACUCCUAAUAAAAGAAAAUCUUCUAGACAUCGUAAGGUUCGUGGUAAGGCAGGUGGUAGAGGUAAAAGAAAGCCUAAGCCUAUGACAGCAGAAAAGGAAGCCAGAAUAGCGCAUUAUUUCAAUAAGAAAGAAACUGUUUCCAGUAUAAAAUCAGGAACUACAGUGAAAGCCAUUGGAUCUGUAACCUCAUUGUCUGCUAAAGCUAAAUUAGUCAAUAGUGGGAAAUCUAGUCCACAAUCUUUGUCCAAUUCAAGAAGUGUAACUCCUAAAUUUUCUCCAAGGAACUCGAAUCUUUCGACUCCUGGAACCUCUACUCCUGUUAAGGAUUCCCGUAAUAAACCAAGUGGGAAAUCUUCUGAUACAAGUAAGCCAACCACGAAAGAGAGCUCGAAUACGAAACCUCAUAAGGCUGAAGUAACUGGAAGUACAAAUGUAACAGGUAAACCUCCAGCUAAUACAAAGGACUCUAAGGAUAAGUCCAAAGACAAGAAAGAUAAUAAAGAAAAGAAAGACAAGAAAGACGUCAAAGACAAGAAAGACGUCAAAGAGAUAAAGAAAGAUCAGUCAGGUACAAAUGACAAUUCAGGAGUAUCUAAAAAGUCAAAGAGUAAUACUAAAGAUCAGUCCAAUGCCAAGAAAGAUAUAAAGUCCGAUAAACCAAAGAAGGAUGAAAAGCAAUCCAAUAAACUGAAGCCUGUUAAGAAAGAUGUAAUUGCACAAGAUAAACCAGCUAUCAUCAAUGGAAACAAAGAAGUUAGCGAACCAGACGAUGAAGAGUUACCAGAUUCUAUUACCAAAUAUCAUCGAUCUAAAAAACCUACAUUACAAUUUACAGAUAUUGAUUCAUACUUCAGAGAUGUUAGUUUCAAUAUGUUCUUAGAAGAUCAAUUAACUAAUGAUGAUAAUCUGAUCACUGCUGAUGAUAUGGUUAUAGAAUGGUAUGAGGAUCAGGAUAAAAGAAAUACUCAAUUCAAAGUUAGUAUGCUUCUCAGUGAAGAACUUAAACGAAGAUUUAUAUCACCCAAGAUGCGUACAGUUAAGGAUGUACCCUUUGCUGUAGGACAAGCCAUGUAUCUUGUAUUGAAUAAUGAGACUCCCUGGUAUGGUACAAUAGCUACUUUGGAUGUAGCCAAAGAACGUAGUGAAAGUGGUACCAAUAAUAGUGAUAAGAUUGUUGAAAUAAUCAUUCAAUUAUACAAAUGGAAUGAACAACCUUUACCUAAAUCCACCAAUGUUCUGUAUUUAAAACUUUUACCUGCUUCAUUGGCUGUUAGUAGAGUUUUAUAUGCUAUGUCUAGACUUACUAAUGCUAGUUUUAAAAAGAUGUUACUUGGAAAUGAUCCUAUUAGACAAAUUAUAUUUAAGAAUUAUUUAAAGUUUUCUAGUGAAACACUUAAUGAAUCUCAGAAAGUAGCUAUUCAAUCAGUUCUUAAUAAUGCUAUAACAGUAUUACAAGGACCUCCAGGAACUGGGAAAACUUCUACUAUUUAUGAGAUUAUAUUACAAUUAUUAGAUUCUUUACAUACUUAUCCAAUUUUAGUGGUGGCAGCUUCAAAUAUUGCUAUUGAUAAUAUAGCUGAAAAAUUAAAACCUAAACAUGAAAAGAAUAUAUUAAGAAUUGUGGCUGUAGAAAAGGAAAGAGAUUAUAAUAAAGCUCAUCCAUUAGGAUCAAUAUGUUUACAUCAUAAAGUUUAUGAUGCUUUACCUUUACAACAUCAAAGUACAUUUGAUGAAAUGAGAAGAGGAACUUUAAAGAUUGGUCCAAAAGCAUUUAGUAAAUUUAUGGGAGAAGUAAUUGAAGUUAGUAAUCAAAUUGUUGCUCAAGCAAAAGUUAUAUUUACUACUACAGUUGUAGCUGGUGGAGGUCAAUUAAAAUCAGUAGUUAAAUGUCCAGUAGUUAUUAUGGAUGAAGCUACUCAAUCUUCUGAACCUACUACGUUAAUUCCUUUAUCAAUGCCAGGAGUUGAUAAGUUUGUAUUUGUAGGAGAUCAAAAACAAUUAAGUUGUUUUUCAUUACUUCCCAGUUUAUCAUUAUCAUUAUUUGAAAGAAUCUUACUUAAUGGAACUUAUAAGAAUCCUCAUAUGUUAGAUACUCAAUAUCGUAUGCAUCCUAAAAUUAGUGAAUUUCCUAGAAAUCGAUUUUAUGGUGGAUUAUUAAAAGAUGGGAUUACUGAGGAAAGUAGAAAUUAUUCUACUAUUGAUAAAGAUCCUGUCUAUUUUUGGGACACUAAGGGUAAAGCUCCAGAAGAAUCUGUUCGUAAUAGACUUCGUGAAGAUCAUGGUUAUACUUAUACUAAUAGAAAAGAAAUUGAAUAUAUUAUCCAAGUUGUUAAGAGUUUGAUAUAUGAAAAGGGUAUAAAUCGUUCAGAUAUUGGGAUUAUUACUCCUUAUAGUGGCCAGAGAGAUUUAAUUUCUUCAGUACUUGUUAAAGAUGAACUUAUUAAUCCCGAAAGUAAUGAAUUAAAAAUUGAAGUUGAUAUUGAUGAUAUUACCAAUGAAUCUAAACCAGUAACUAUUCAUAUAGUUAAUGAUAUUAUGAUAGCAUCAAUUGAUGCAUUCCAAGGUAGAGAAAAGAAUUUCCUAGUAAUGUCAUGUGUUAGAAGUAAUAAAUUAGGUAAGAUUGGAUUCUUAAGAGAUGAGAGAAGAUUAAAUGUCGCAUUAACGAGAGCUAAGUAUGGAUUAAUUAUGAUAGGUGAUGUCCAUACGCUUAAGUCAGGUGACGCGUUAUGGAAGGAGUAUAUGGAAUACUUGGAAUCCAAGAAAUGGAUCCAUACAAAGGAAUUCCAAUACUAA